AUGGACAUAAUAAUAAUCCCAGAGCAAGACGAUUCCCGCCUCGGCUCUGCCCGUGAUGGCAGCGAGGGCGGCACCCUGAGCGCCGUCAGUGGGAAUAACUCGGCCUCCUUAUCCUCCCUGUUCGCCACCUUCGUCCCCAUUCUCAUCUACACCGUCGUAUGUCUAAGCAUCUUCUCGGUCUUUCGGACGAGGUUGCUGCGAGUCUACUCGCCCCGCGCCAUCCUGCGCAACCUGCUUCCCGAGGCGCCGAGCCCCUUCAACGAACGACGGGACAAACAGCGAAGCACAUUGUUACCCAAGGGAUGGUUCGACUGGGUGUUGCCAUUUUGGCGUGAAAGCGACGUCACCGUCCUGAACCGUUCCUCCAUCGACGCCUACCUCUUCUUGCGCUACCUGAAACUGCUCUCGUUCAUCUGCUUCGUCGGCUGCUGUAUCAUCUGGCCGGUAUUGAUGCCUAUUCAUGCGACCGGUUCUGGCGGGUUGACUCGGCUCGACAGCGCUACCAUUGGCAACGUCACAGACCCAAACUUCUUCUUUGCUCACGUCGCCGUGGCCUGGGUCUUCUUCGGCUUCGUUCUUUUCGCCAUCUAUCGCGAGUCCAUCUUCUACAUCAACCUCCGCCACGCCUACCUGCUCCACCCUUACUACGCGAACCGCCUCUCCUCCCGUACCGUCCUCUUCCAGUGCGUCCCCGACCGCUACCUCGACGCCCGCCGCCUCCGCCAGGUCUUCGGCGAAUCCGAUGUCGCCAACGUCUGGAUCCCUCGGGAUACCAGCGAGCUAGCUCGGCUCGUGGACGAGCGGGACAAGACCGCCGUCCGUCUCGAAAACACCGAAAUCCGCCUCAUCAAGCUCGCCGACAAAGCCCGCCGUCGCGGCCAGCGCGCCGCCCCCCGUCUCCCCGAGCAACUCCUGCCACCACCCGAUUCGCGCCAUUAUCCCGCUCCAGAACCUUCUUCUCCCCACGCCAGCAGCUCCUCGCCAUCCCCGUCGUCCACGUUGUCUCCUUCUCCUUCCUCCUCCUCGUCCUCCUCGCGUGGCCAUGACGUCGACGCCGACGCCGACCCGGAGAAGAACCCGGCCCUCCCGGAUGUCAACGGUUCCGUCGCCGCACAAUGGCUCCCGGCCUCCCACCGCCCCGCCCACCGACCCCUCGGCAACUUCCUCCGCCGGGUCGAUACCAUCAAGUGGACGCGCCAGCGCCUCAAGGCCCUGCACCCGCGCAUCUACAAGCUCCGCCGCAUGUUCCGCUCCGAGCACAUCGACUCCAAGGACGCGAAGCCGCUGGGGUCCGUCUUCAUCGAGUUCACCACCCAGUCGGCCGCCCAGCGCGCCCUGCAGACGCUCUCCCACGACAAGCCUCUGCACAUGGCGCCCCGGCUCAUCGGCAUCCCGCCCGACGAGGUCGUUUGGCUGUCGCUGCGCAUGGGGUGGUUCGAGAGGAUGCUCAGGAAGUUCGCCGUGCGAGCGCUCGUCAUGGUCGCCAUCCUCUUCUGGUCGGUGCCGGCCGCUGCGGUCGGCAUCGUGAGCAACAUCAGGAACCUCAGCGAGAUGUUCGUUUUCCUCCGGUGGCUCCAGCUCUUGCCGGCCCCGAUCUUGGGUUUCCUGCAGGGGUUCCUCCCGCCGCUGGCCCUGUCGCUGCUGAUGGCCAUCGUGCCGGGGCUGAUGCGGGGGUGCGCCCGCUUGGCCGGCGAGCUGUCCCUCGGCGAGAUUGAGCUCUUCGUGCAGAACGCCUAUUUCGGGUUCCAGGUGGUGCAGGUGUUUCUCAUCACGACGCUGACGUCUGCGGCUUCGGCGGCCUUUACCGACGUCCUCCGGGACCCUUUGUCGGCCCGCGAACUGCUCUCCGAGAACCUGCCCAAGGCGAGCAACUUUUACCUCUCGUACAUCCUCAUCCAGUGUCUUGCCGUCGGCGCCACCACCCUUCUCCGCCUCUGGGACCUGAUUCGGCACGGCAUCGUGGUGCGAUUCUUCCAGCGGCCGAGGGCCGUGUGGCGUAUUUGGAAAGGGGUCCGGCCGGUGCACUGGGGCGGUUGGUUCCCCGUCUUUACCAACAUGGGCGUCAUCGUCCUCAGCUAUUGCUGCAUCGCCCCCAUUAUCCUCGGGUUCGCGGCUGCCGGCAUGUAUGUCAUGUACCUCGUGAACAAGUACAACAUGCUCCUCGUAGACGACUCCUCCAUCGACACGCGGGGGCUGGUGUACCCCCGCGCGCUGAGGCAACUCCUGAUCGGCCUCUAUCUGGCCGAGAUCUGCAUCAUCGGCCUUUUCACCCUUCGGCUCGCUUUGAUACCCAUGGCCCUCAUGAUCAUUCUGCUCGUUUUCACCGUCCUCUUCCAUUUUUCUCUCCGCGACGCCCUCUCCCCGCUUUUGCAGAAUCUGCCUCUCACUCUUGCGCUCGAAAACGAGGAACUCAUGGCCAAGACGGCCGCCGGCAAGAAGGACGAUGACUUGUCGGACGCAAAAGACGGAGACGAGGGCAACAAGGCGCAGAAGCAACAAACCAACGGGGACCCACCGCUCACGGGAACAAACAACGAACCAGCAGCUUCUGUGCCUCUCCCGCAUGCCUACUUGGAUGAUGACCACGAUGACGAGGAGGAGGGGUACUUCAGCGACGACGACGAGCACGACAUGGUUCACGAAACCACCGGAUCCCGUACCCACCCCGGCGCUGCGCCCCGCGCGAACCCUGGUCUCGAAGGUGGUCCGGCCCUGGCCCGCGUGGCGGCCCGCGCGAGCUGGGCCUUCUACGUCGGCAAAUUCACGUCGGCCCUCCACUGGAUCGGCCUGGGACCCGUGCUCUCGUUCCUGGACGGGGUCAUCCGUCCGACGUACCGGCCCGACCCCCACCCGAUUCUCCGGUUCCUGCACCCGUGCACGUUCGACUCGUUCGAGCACAUCCGCGCGACGUGGGUGCCGCAUGACCUUCCCGACCCGCGCGCCUCGUACCCCGCCGACUACGGGGCGCGGGCGUACCACCCGCCCGAGGUGUGGUCGCCUGCCCCGCGGAUCUGGAUACCGAGGGACGACGGCGGGGUGAGCGCGCAGGAGGUGUUGCACUGUAAGCGGUACGCGAAAGUCGUGGCUUCGGACGAGGGGGCGUGGUUGGACGAGAAGGGGACGGUGGUUUGUGAAGUUGAGAAGGCGCCUUUCUGGGAGGUUGAGGAGCAGGUGCUCUACUAG